UCUCCCCUACUUCUUUUCUGCAACCAGCAAUCUCCAUUGAAGCCUUAUUCCCUGUUUUUGAGAUCAACUUCUAGUAGCAACGAUGUUGUUGAGAGCUGCUUCAGCUUUUUCUCUGACAACCAGACAGGGGGAUUCUGCUUCGUCUAUGGCGGCCCUGACAUUAUCACCGUCGAGGCGGCGAAGCAACAGUAACCUCGUGGUUUCUGCCAUGGCGGAUGGCAGUUUACAGCUUACUGGUGUAGUGUUCCAGCCAUUCGAAGAGGUCAAGAAGGAUGAAUAUUUGGUUCCUAUCGCUCCUCAAGUUUCUCUUGCUCGCCAAUUUUAUGAAGAUGAGAGUGAAGCUGCAGUUAACGAGCAGAUCAAUGUGGAAUACAAUAAUUCGUAUGUAUACCACGCCAUGUUUGCAUAUUUUGACAGGGACAACGUUGCCUUGAGGGGCUUAGCCAAAUUUUUCAAGGAGUCUAGUGAAGAAGAAAGAGAGCACGCUGAAAAGCUAAUGAAGUAUCAAAACGUACGUGGAGGGAGAGUAAAACUUCAUCCUAUCCUGAAUCCUAUUUCAGAAUUUGAUCAUGCAGAAAAGGGAGAUGCAUUGUAUGCUAUGGAAUUGGCAUUGUCUUUGGAGAAGUUGACAAAUCAUAAACUACUGGGCUUGCACAGUGUGGCAAAUCAAAACAGUGAUCCCCAACUGCAAGAAUUCAUUGAGAGUGAGUUUUUAGGAGAACAGGUUGAAGCAAUUAAGAAGAUAGCAGGGUAUGUCGCUCAAUUAAGGAGGGUUGGUAAAGGACAUGGAGUCUGGCACUUUGAUCAGAUGCUCCUCCAUGAGGGUGAUGCUGCGUAAUGAACCAUGCAGUUGUAUUGUUCUUGGUUUAAGUAUUUCCUUUACUAUUGAAACUUUUAGGAGCUUUAUUAUUGUAUAAAUGCUUAUGAACUUCCAUUGCUGUACGUAGGGUGACUAUAAAUGUUGUAAUAAAAAGCUUGUAGCUUUUUUGUUAAAAUAAAAUGAGUAGAACUUCCAACUUUUAUUUUGA